GAUUCCUCUUCAAUAAUCUAUCCUGACAAAAUAAUUAGAGAUGUAAACACAGAUGUAUGCAGUAAGAUAUUUAUUACAACAUUAUUAUAAAGAAAUGUAUAUGUGAUGUCCUGUGUCACACAUACACACACACACACAUUUUUUGCCUUUCCCCUCUGGUACAUGAAAAGGGAAAUCCUAGGCAGUCAAUGUUCAUAAGCAACGAAUUCUGUCACCUUCCCACCACAGGAAACCUCUUGUCUAAGGCACCUUCAUUCCCUGGUUGUGCACAGCCCCUCAAGGCAGCUGAUUCCAAAGUUGUGCAUUGUUCAUUGCAAGAACCUUCUUUCUUCAAGCCAAAAAUCCACCCCCUUGGACAUGAGUAUUUUGUUUUGGAUUGAGAUACACACCUACCAUGUGAUAUGUUUAGAAGACUACCAGCACUCCCUUACUCCUCACAAUAACCUGAGAAUAAUCCCUUAUCCACAAUUUCAAAAUAAAAAAAAAAAAUCUCUGAAGAAACAAUAGUUUUUUUUAUAACUUUGGUCCAAAACCUGACCUGAAACGUCAGGAUGGUAUUUAUAGUAUUUAUUUAUCUUACUUGGUGUGAAUAUUCAUACAUUUAGCUUCAGAAAUAUUGAUGUUUGAUUACAGGGCACUGCCCUAAAUCUCACUAGGGUAUUCCUUUAUAUAUGAUAAAGGCACUAUAUUCCCUUUCUAAAAUCUGAAAAAAUCUGAAGUCCAAAACACAUCUAUCCCUAAAGGUUUCAAAUAAGGGAUCAGGGAUUGUACAGUUAUCCCUGUAGCCUGAGAGAAGUGAAGAGACUGGUCAAGGCUCUUUAUCCCUCCAAAGGCUCUGCUAUCAACACUAUUCUAUACUACUCUAGAGGUUUUUGCAGAGAACCCCAUGUUCCCUAAAUAACCAGCCCCUGCCUGUUUGUUCCUCUCAUGCUCUCCAAUCCAGUCACUACUCAGAUAUGUUGCAGAUGAUCUGUGUCCAGGGAAACCCCAGAAUGUGCCACACUGGAGGCAACCCCAUGAGCAGGCUAUGACCAAACAGCCCACUCCUAGGCUCAACCCCAUCCAGAACUCAGUUGUCAUUUGUUUUCCUUAAGCAACUUUCAAUCUGACUCUAUGAGCCAAAGGGAAAGAUAGUCUCACUUAGGGCAGUGUGGAAUGCAGGGAGCUUAAAGAAUCAUCAUCAGCAGAAGAGAUGAAGAUAUGGGCUUCUGACUGAGGAGUUCAUCUAUACCCAAUUUCCCCCUGUUAGCCCCUCUGUGAAAAUCUGAAGGAGAUCCUCCUCACAUUUCACCAACAGCCCAUCAUCCCUGUCCCUCCCCUAUCUACCCCCUUCUCAUUCUGGAAUCCCCUUAGGAUAUGGAUGUACAUCAUUCUCUGCCUGUGUUUAUCAGUAACUCUCUGUCUCUGUAUCUCUGCAUCUCUGCCUCCUUGCACUGUCUGUUUUGCCCCACAUCUGUGUCCCUUGUCCUGGUGUAUGUCUCUCUCCCCCACUGCUGUCUACCUCACUCAGGAUUCCUUUCUGGAGGGAACAGAAGUGCCAACUAUACUACACCAGAUGGCCUCUCCUGGUGUAGGGCUAGGAGGGACUAGAGGAAGAAAUUUGGUUUUGCCUGCCCUGAAAAGAUGCUUGGGGUUUCUGGAUUGGCCUAUUGCAGCAUUUCUCUCAUCCUGCCCACUUCCUUUUCACUACACGACUUUGCAUAUCCACUGAGCAGGCGCCCUCCCACCAUACACUCAAGAGAACAGAAGGGAUACAGCAAUUUCUUCCUUCACCAAAAAGAACUACCAUUCAAAUUUUAACUUAAAAGCUGGAAUUAGGCCGACUUGGAUUUGAAUCCCAGAUCCUCCAUUAACUCACUGUAUCGCUUGCACUAAUCUACUUAACCUCUCUGAGCCUGUUAAUUCACUUGUAAAAUGAGGAAAUAAUAGUACCUACCUCAAGAGGUUACUAAAAGGAAUUACCAGGAUAAUGGAUUCAAAGUGUUUGGCAUAGCCCCUAACAUACACAACUUCAACAAAUAUUUGAUAUCAAGUCCUCUCCUGGAGCACAGGUCCAUGCCCACUGUCAAAUCUUUGCGUAAACACCUAGCACCCACACAGUUAGUUCUGUCUACAGAGGCCUACCCUCCCCUGAGGCCAGUUACAUCAUGUAGGACCAUUCCCCAUGCCUUAUCCUCAUACCACUUCAGCUAGUUCAGAUGAUGGCCAACUUUAUGGGACAGCCCUACAUGCUGGGCCAGGAUAGGAAAGGAUGCUCCCCAUACAGAAACGGUCUUCCUGGGCACACAGGAGACUCUCCAUAGGGACUCAAGAGAAGACUCUUUGGACAGGUAAGAGGCAGAGUGGGAGAGUAGCUACUAGAAAGGCUCUCCAGAGUGGUGGUUCUCCAAGGAAAAACCACUUUCCAGCAAACACCAGGCUGAGAUCUCUGGACAGAGACACAAGGGGAAAAUCACACACAGAUUAGGACUGUAGGAGGAGAGUGGAAGGUAGACACAGAUCAGCCUAGGACAGGGAGUGGCACAUGAAAAAAAAUUUCCUCAAAUUUACCUGGGUAAUUCUGGCUUCCUGAAAGUCCUCUCCAGUUACUAAGGCAACAUUAUCCCAAUUAGAUUCUUAUCCUCCACAUUGUCACCACUCAUAUGGCACCCUCCUACACACACACCUGGUUUUCAUUGCAAUUGUAACCCACUCAUUAAUAAUGGGUUUCAAGCUAGGCUGCACAUCAGAAUUGCCUGAGGAGCUUUUAGAAAUCCUGAUGCCUAGGCACACUCCAAACCAAUUAAAUCAGAAUCCCUGGGGGGUAGGAUCCAGGUAUCUAUAGUUUUUAAAGCUCCCAGGUAAUUCCAAAAUAUGACCAAGGUUGAGAACUACUGCUUGGUUCUCAGUCUUAAGUCCUGAUUUAAACUUCUCCCACGUCCUUCAAGACCCCUAUCUGGCCUCACAAAGAAGGUGUCUGCAGCUGAUAAGAUAACACAGUAAAUUGCUUCAGGAGGCUGCUGAAGAGGGAAGCCUGAUUCUGCUUCCUUAAAGAACUCAGACCAAGAAAAAAACACAUACACAUGCACACAUGCACUCAUGCAAGCACACACAGACAUAUACAAAUGCACCCAAACAGACCUGCAUUCUUCUCCCCUAAGGAGGAGAAUGGAUAAGGACUUCUGUUCUUAAAAAGAUUAUGGAUAUGGACUCGGGCUGUGGGCAUAGUGAGGCUAGUAAAGUAACUGCCCUCUCCCCACCCAAGGCCCCAUUAUCUACAGGACCUCUAUGACCUCAUGCUGUAGUAGGUCAAAGCCUAAGGCCUGGGGCCUCACCUCCCUGGGCAACUUGGGGUUCCUGCAGCAGCCACUGCCCUGCCUAACCCCUCCCACACCCCACCAUGUUGGUUGGUACCCCCCACCUGCUGACCCUGGAUGAAGCUGAUGCCACCUGGACCCUCAUCAAGGAUAAAGUUAUCGAGGAGCGCUUUGGGCCCAAUGUAGUGGCGGUACCUUUCCUGUCGGAUGCAGCCUGCUAUGACCUACUGGGUGUGCUAGUGAAGCAGUCCCGCCCAGCCCACAUCCGCCUGGCUUUACCAGGUUGGCAGGGUCGGCGGGCACUACAACCAGUGGGGCCACUACCAAACCUCCUGGAGCAGGCAGGGUCUGAGGGUGCCUUUGCCCACUGCACUCGGGAAUACUCACCAAACGGCCGAGCAGAGAUACCCUAUGAAGAAAUGCGACUGUUGGAUGGGCAGCCCUGCCGGAUCCGCCUGCACAUGGGUGGCCUGCGCAAGAAGGUGGCCUUCCUGCUACUGCCGCCAGGGCAGGUGAGCCUACAGCAAAACCUUCCCUGGCUCCGAAGUACGCACAGCAUCUAUGUCAUCUACCAGGUCUUCUCCUGUUCCUGGCUACAGCUGGAGCUGUUGCCUACAGCCCGUGAGCCCCAGCUGCUCCGGUUACAACGGUCACUGCCUGUUGCCUUCUCCUGCCUCAAGUUUUCACUGCACCCCAAAGGAGUGCUGGGAUCACAGAAGCCUCUGACCAAAGAUCCAUUGCCCCACGGUGCCAACUGGGUCAGACCCAACCUCGGCAUCAUGCCACCUCUGGCCCCCACAUCAGUCGCUGCCGAUACCCCUGAAGCUACUGAUGUACCCCCGCCUGUCCCAGCCCCACCUACACCACCUCCUCAGGAAGGGCCAGAGGGCAGGCCCACCAGAUUCUCCUACAGGGGCCGAAACCCCUUCCGCAGGGGGCCUCAGAUGUUGUCAGGGUCUGUCCUCAGAGUUCGACAGCGACGAAUGAAGCUGAAGCGAGAGAUGCAGGGGGCGAGGCCCCCAAUAUCUGGCAUAGGGAUACUGGUCCCCAAUAAACAUCAGCUGCUGCUCCCCAAAACCAUCCUUGGCCCAUGCUGCUUCUUCCUUCUGGGGGCUGAUGGAGAGUCCCUACUUUUUUCCCCUAGGCUCCAUGACCCCCUCACCCUUUAAGGGCAUGAGAAGCACCUCGAAACCUCGGC